AGAAAGCCUUUUUCCUUUCAGAGUGUGUCACAGUGUGGGCGUGGUUUGGAGCAAGCCUAUAAUUAACCCUAUAAAUAAGUAGCCCACCAAGCCACCCAGAAUCAACAGUCUCCACUGGGACGGACGGACACUCUUUCUACUCAGAAAAAUGAUUGAUAUCAUGAGAGUUGAAACUACAGGAGCCUCGAGGGUCACAGCUCAGCAGGACCGUCUCAAUUGCACUGGUGUUCCUGCAUCUCACAAAAUGGCCGAGACUGAUGAGGAAAGAAUGAAGGCUUACAAAGGAAAGAUCCAACGUGUAGCAAAUUCCUUCCAAAUUGACCCAGCUAUCAUUGCUGGCAUCAUCUCCCGAGAAUCCAGGGCUGGGAAUACACUGGAAAAGGGCUGGGGAGACUAUGGGAAAGCCUGGGGACUGAUGCAGGUCGAUGUUACUCCAGAUGGAGGUCGGCACACACCAAAGGGUGAAUGGAACAGCGAGGAACAUAUCACCCAAGGCACAGAGAUCUUGGUGUAUUUUAUUGACAGAAUAGCAAGAAAAUUCCCCAACUGGACCAAAGAGCAGCAGCUUAAAGGAGGGUUGGCUGCCUACAACAUGGGAGAUGGCAACGUCCAUUCCUAUGAAAAGGUGGAUGAAAACACCACAGGUCGUGACUACUCCAAUGAUGUUGUUGCCAGGGCGCAGUGGUACAAAAAAAGAGGGUUUUUUUGACGGCUGCAGAUCGUAAAAAUCUCAAGAAAACAAUUUCAUAUCCUGUGACAAAGAUAACAAAGAACAGCCUUAAGUCUUUCAUGAAAUGUAAAGUCUAUUCCAUGGAUGUUGUUUCCCAAGCUGAAAAAAGUCUAACUCUGCACAAUAAACCUAGUGUGGCGUGAA